UGGAAGCUUGGCAAUUUUAUACAAACACAAACAAAAUCAAAUUAAUGCCAGGCCCACAAAGUCAAUAUCAACAACAGCAACAACAAAGAAGAACUGUGAAACAGAGGCAACAUUACACACAUCAUCAUCAUCAGCAGCAGCAGCAGCAGCAGAAGAGGCAACACCAUCAUUCUAUACACCAGCAAGAGCAAAAUCAACACCAUGCAGGACAACAGGAACAGGAAGAGAAUCAACAGCAGAUUCGGCAGCAAUGCCAUUGGCAACGACAUCAUCAGCAUCAGCAUCGGUAUCAAAACCAGCCGCAGCAACAGCAACAAACGCCACAUCAUUUACAAAAAGAAAAUAUAAGCGAACAGCAACAGCAUUCGCAGCCACAGCACCAGCAACGUCCACAUGCCGAAAAUCACAUUUUUAUAACAAACGUAAAUCAGAAUUGCUACACUGCCUCCAGGUUUGUAAACAAACAAACCCAAAAAACAAUAACGGCCACAGCAUCCGAAGAGGAUUGUUGUCCAAAGGCAGCUCAUAUUCCUACGCCAGCACCAGACUCCUGCAUCAGUCAUACCACAAUAGCAACAACGCAAUGCCAGCCCAACUGCAAACAAACAGCCUUGGUGGACAUUUGCCCCCAUCUACUUCCUGCUCAUGGUCAGACUUCAACCAUUCAAAGUUACAAAGAAAAUCUGAAUUCGAAUCUGUAUCAACAUCAACAACAACAAGAAUAUGCCCAAUGCCAGCAACAACUACAACAAGCACAGUUUCAGCCUCUACAUCAACCGAAUUACCUGCCAACGCUGCAUACCAACAACACCAACGAAAACCACAACCAGAAUACCAACAAAUCCUUGGCGCUAAGAAAAAGGCUACUCUCCAGCUCUGCCGUUAUGGAACACCUGCUCUUGAUUGCUUCCGUAUUGAUCGCAUUAAGUGGCUUGGUUGUCGGCGACCCAGAAUCUCAGGAUUUCCAAAAGAACAUACCUGCACGUCUUGUCUGGGCAGCAGUGGGAAAAAGCGUCGAUUUGCCAUGCGAUAUGACACCACCAACGCCGCAGGAUUCAGUAAAACUAUUGCUAUGGUUCAAGGAUACAACAGGAAUACCACUCUACAGUUUGGACUCACGCGGCGGAAAUGUAAAAUUAGCCACUCACUCGGCCAUAGCUAGCGAUUUGGGUCAACGUCUGUUCUUCUCGAUUGGCGAUAAUCCCAAGGACUCACGUUUACAGAUACGCGAUGUCAAACCCACAGAUGGCGGUGUAUAUCGUUGUAGAAUAGAUUUCUUCAAUUUUCCCACACGUAACUAUAGGAUAAAUCUAACUCUGGUUGUUCCUCCCGAAGAGCCUCGCAUAUUUGAUGCCCAAGGUAGUGAGAUUGCCCAAGCUGGACCAUUUCGUGAAGGCUAUGAGAUGUUCUUAUGCUGUCAAGUCAAAGGAGGACGUCCCCCACCAAAGGUAACGUGGUGGAAAGGUGAUACGGAAUUAAUUGGUACCAGCCAUACAUCAGUGGAAGAGGGAGCCACCGUCAUAGUCAACCAAUUGCUAAUAGGCACAACACCUAGAGAAUACUACGGCACGAAAAUCCAAUGCCGAGCUCAAGGCACCAAACUGAUAGAGCCAGUUGUCAAAGAGGUCUCGCUGCAGGUCUAUUUGAAACCAUUAAAAGUGAAAAUUAUAACACCAAAUGAUUUGCUGACCGCAGGACAUCCUGUGCCAUUGCGUUGUGAGUCGGUAGGUUCACAUCCGCCCGCCAAAAUCACUUGGCUCAUGGAUGGUGAGCCCAUACGUAAUCCAGAGGUUAUAGUGAGAGAGGAUGCCAACAAAACAACCAGCAUUUUGACAUUAAAGGUAACUUCGGAGAAUGAUAACGCUGAGCUGACAUGUCGUGCAUCGAAUAUACGUUUUUCUGGUGGCGCCAUCGAAGAUAAACGAGUCAUACGUGUGGCAUAUCCACCAACGGUUUCAGUGCAUUUGGCCAAUGAGGAUCCCAGUCGCGUAGUAACCAGAGCCGAGGGACAAAAUGUUACAUUCAAAUGUCGUGCUGAUGCCCGGCCACCCGUGACAUCAUAUUCAUGGUUUAAAAAUGGUAUGCGUAUGUCCGGCGAAAGUUCGGAAAUUAUGCAUCUCACCCAACUGGAAAGGGAAAGUGCGGGUGCCUAUGCCUGCGGCGCUACCAAUACGGAGGGUGAAACACGAAGUUCCAGCAUUACACUGAGAGUACAAUAUUCACCCCGCUGUAAGCCUGGCACAGAGCAAACAUCCAUAGGCGCCAUAAAUAUGCACUCAAUACCGGUCAAAUGUGAAGUGGAUGCUGAUCCCCCAGAUUCGGUGAAAUUCAGUUGGACCUACAACAAUACAAGAAAUGUGUCACCCGUCUUGAAUUCGAGAAUACAAUCGAAUGGUCUGGUGAGCACUGUGACGUACCUGCCGCAAACCGACUCAGAACUGAUAACCUUGGCCUGUUGGGCCAGCAAUGCAGUGGGUAGGCAAACAACGCCCUGUUUAGUGCAUAUACUGCCAGCCAAUCCCCCCGAAGCUCCUAGAUCCUGUGAACUACGCAACGAUACUGUUCUGGAAGUGGUUUGUAUAGCCGGCAGCGAUGGUGGCCUAUCACAAUAUUUUGUUUUGGAGGUUGUCGGUGGUGAGUGGAAUGGAGCAGCCGACUCAACGCGCAGUUUUAAUGAUGCCAAUCCGGGUGAAAAUGAAAUUUCCACAAUGAAUGAUCAGGCAACCUCGGCACCCAUCUUCCGCAUGCAAGAGUCUAAUCCCCAGUUUCGUUUAAACAAUUUGGAACCCGGUCGAGAAUAUCAAUUCCAUGUUUAUGCUGUCAAUGCCAAAGGACGCAGUGAUCCACCCGUGGUCAUAGAACGUGUUCGUGUGGCUGCCCAACUGGGGCCAUAUGGUAAGUUAUAUGAGUCCAUACUCUCGGAGGAUCCAACGCCCGCCGAGACCACCCAUCAUGUGAGCAGUAAUGUUGGUGUAGCUAUUAGUGGAGCUGGCGCCAGCAUGGGUGGUGGUCCCGAAAAACAAUCAACACUGCUGCUAUUGGCUGCCGUGGUGGCCAUUGGAGCUGUCAUAGUGACAUCGAUUAUUGUGGCUGGCAUUGUGGUGGUCUGCAAGCACAGACCCAGAGCACCACAACCACAGGAUGUACGCAAGAGUAUGAGACCCGCCCGCAAUGAUGUGCCCUCAAUGUAUAUAGAAGAGGAAGAACUGAAUGACGAAGAAGCUGCCAUGGGCGGUGCAAGAGCUGCAGAGAUUCGUGCUCGUGUAGCACCCAUCAAUAUGAUGCCACGUUGCAGUACAAGUACGGCAAGCAGUCAACAUCAUUAUAUAUCAGAAGGUUUCAUACAAUAUGCCCAGCCCAGUCUAAACGUGUAUAUUACAGACCCUGAUCUGAUAUUGCCACGGGGUGAGCUGGAAUUCACCACAUUGGAUCCAACUAUGAAAUAAUACUAGAAUACCAGAAAAGUGAUGCAUUCACCAAACGGCACCAGCAUCACCACCACCACCACCAGAAGCAUUAGUAAUCAGUAACCUGUACCCAGUUUGAAACUAACCAACCAACCAAACAACAACAAACGAAUUACAAGAAGUGAAACAACAAUACUCAACAAUGACGAGAAUUGAACCCAUUAGCCCCUAACUACUCCCUAUAACUGUGAAAUCCCUACCUACACUCCCACAACUGCCAGUCAUGGAGUAAGUCAGUUAACUAGACAUACAGUCAAUCAGUCAGUCAGACUCUCUCAUGCAACAUCAUUAUUCUCUGUUAUGUGUUAUCUACUGCUUUAUAUCAGCCAUACAACAAGGAUAACAAGAAGCUGAGUAAACAUACAGUCAACCAACCAAGCAACCAAGCAACCAACCAUCCAACCCAUCCGGCAAGCUUAAGAAACCAACAACAACUACAACACAUGCAUAUAUCAUUACAUAGUGUAAGAUGAAUGGAAUCUCUAGGAUAACAAAUAAUUAAAUUAAACAUGCCGU